ACUGUCAGUGACACAAGAGCACUCAAAGCGGUAUGGCAAAGGGAGAAGACUGGACGUAAGAUGUCCUCGAGUGUUGCAGACAGAGCCAUUGGGGCCAUUAUCGGGGCAGCAGUGGCAGAUGCAGCAGCCCAGCCCAUGCACUGGAUCUACGACCUGGACAAACUGAAAGAAGUGCUCCGUGAUCUGGAGCCUUGUCCAGAGUUUCGGCCUCAGUCAGCGAAUCCGUUCUACCGCAGGACGACGGGCGAGCAGACCUGCUAUGGAGACCAGGCAUACGUCCUGCUGGAGUCGCUGAGUCGGUGUGGAGGCGUUAAUGUGGAAGACUUGACCAAGCGCUUUCAUGAGUUCUUUGGACCGGGGACGGUCUACGAUCUGCCCCUGAAUGACCCAUACAGAAAGAAAGGAGGCCCUAAGGUAAUUCUCCCCAUCGAUGGCCCAUGGAGGAAUGCGAGCCUGAAGGCUUUCAUCAGAAAUGUCGAUGCUGGCAAAGAAGAAACUGGCUGUGACGUGGACUGUCAGAUAGACGGUGUCACUAAAAUUGCUCCUGUGGUGGCUAUGUACGCCGGGCGACCUGAGAUGCUGGAGAAAGUGGAAAAAGCCAUUCGCGUGACCCAGAAUAAUGACAUGUGUGUGGCUGUCACACUGGCUGCAGCGAGGUUUUUGGAGCAUUUCAUUGUGAAGGGUCCAGAUCCCAACGCUCUGGAUGCAGUUCUGGCUCAGCUGAAUGACCCCGAUAGACAGAAUCCUCAAGAGCUGGACAAGGCUGUCAUUGCUCAUAUCAGCCAGGUGAAGGACAACCUCACCAAGACAUCCCAACAGCUCAUACCUGCCGUGUUCACAAACACAUGAGCUUUGCCCGGUGCGUUCCAGGGAGCGCUUCAUGGAGUCCUGACACUCAACCAGCUGGUCGAAGCAGUCAGAGACACCAUGCGCUGCGGGGGAUGCACCGCCAGUCGAGCCUCCUUCAUUGGAGCCUGCUUUGGGGCACAGACCGGCCUCCGGGGAAUCCCAGAGUCUUGGAGGAAGAGGACGCUCAGAUACCCUCUGCUGUUGGAGCUAGCUGAAAAAGUGGUCAAAAAGAUUCAGUAAUCAUAGUUCAGUUUUAAUUUUUUUUGCCCCCAUAAAUUCAUCAUCUAUGUAGAAUUUGUGGAUAAUUGCAUUUUAAGAGACUUUCUCAAGUUACAGAUGUACUUUGGCACAGCUAUCCAUGACAGUUGCAUUCUAAAGUCUUGUGCUGAAUGAAACUCGAAUCUAUUUGCUCGGUCGAAGCUGCAUCAUGUAAAAAAAAUAAAAUAAAAUAAAAGCUUGUUUAACCUAUUCUCAAAUAAAAACUUGUGUUACUGA